AUGGCACUGUUACAAACAUCCCUCAUCUGGGUUGUGUAUGCUGCAGUAGUCGCGAUUCUACUGGCGGUGGCGUCGGUGUUUAUCUAUGUCUAUCAAACUCCCCGUGAUCGAUCGCCCUCUGUGACUUUGACUUGCAUCAUCUCAAUUACCAGUCUUCUGGCCACAGUACUCCUGCUGCCUGUUGAUGUUGCACUGGUAUCGUCGACAACCUCGCCCAAUUUAGGUCAACGAAAGGAUUGGGCCACACAGGAUGUUGUUGAUCGGAUCACAUAUUCCUUGACAGUCAUCUACUACCUUCUGUACUCAUUGGAUGCCCUACUAUGUCUGCUGGUGAUUCCCUUUACAUAUUUCUGGUAUGAGGAGUAUGAUGAAGUUGCGACCGAGACUGGGGAGCAGACUGUGGGUCAACGCAUCUGGGGUGCCUUGAAGUAUACCCUUUGCUUUGUUGCUGUCGUGGUCAUCUUAUUCCUGGUUGGAUUCUUUGUUCCGCUAUCCCAGGACAAGAAAGACAUGGAUCUCGACUAUUUCAAGCGUCUGCUGACUGAGAAUCAUGGCGAGCGUGCACUCACUUUUGGCCUUGGAUUGUUGAUGACCCUGGGGCUCUUCUUAUAUGUCCUGUACACCUCAGUGGGCCUGGCUCUGCUGCCAAUUAGCCUCAUCAAGACUGCGCCGUCCAUUUCAAGCGCUAACUUGCGGGCAAGCUCGGCGCAGCAACUCGAGACCAACCAGGAAAGGCAACGCCAGCUUGAAGGCCGAUGUGCCGGAGAUCCAGAGCUUCUGUCGUCGAAAGACCGCCGAGAGCUCGAUACACUGGUGCGGGAAGAAAGAACCCUGAUCAGACGCCAACGUUUAGCCGAAGAGUCCCAGGGUGAAGGCCGGAGCUGGUUGAUGAAAGCAUGGUACAAAAUCGGGGCUUUGUUGCGUCCUUUCAAACUUCUGGGGGGCCUGCUGCUGCUCAUCGUUGCUUUCGUCGCUUGGGUAUCUAUGCUUUUGACGUCAAUCGACAAAGCGAAGAACUCGAUCUGCCAGCACCGGUGUGGAUACAUCCUCGCCCAUGUCAACAUUUUCAACCCGAUCAACUGGGCCCUUGUUCAAUCAGCAAAGGUCUUCCCCAUUGACUACGCUAUCUUCACAAUUCUGGUGCUUCUGUUUUUCUGCAGCUCCGUUGUUGGCAUUGCAGUGGUCGGAAUCCGUUUCUUAUGGAUCAAGAUUUUCCAAAUUCGAAAUGGCCACACAUCUCCCCAGGCUUUACUACUGGCCACGGCCAUGUUGAUGCUGAUCAUUCUAGCGUUGAAUUAUUCCAUUGCAAUGGUAGUCGCACCCCAGUAUGCCACUUUCGGCCCACAGACAUUCUGUGAUCGUGCUCCGGGUACCUUCGUUGGAAAACCGGACUGCUCAAACAGCCGAGAACUUAUCAAGCCGUGCUCUGAGGUGGCUAAAAACCCGACCGCCCAGCAAGUCUGCACACCCAGCGUCGUUAGCACUUUCUUGAAUCGGGUCACUCUGAACUAUCCUUUCUUCGGGGUGGUGUUCUUCUGGUCUCAAUUCUUCUUCCUGGGGCUGUACUUGAUUGUGUUUGUUACUUCAUUGCUUCGUUCGCCCAAACUGGACGAGGCUCAGCUUGAUGAAGAUGCCGAGGAAGCCGAGGAAGAAGGUUUGUUGGCCAACACUGGCAGGCGCUUCAAUGCUAGCUGGCAAGACAUUACUGGGCGAGCAGACCGGAGUGGGCGCUCCCGGGAGUGA